AUGGAAUACUACGUCUCUGCUCGAGAUAAGGAGAGGUUUUGGACCGAACUUGCGGAGGAAGGCCGAGCUCCUAUGUCUGUGACUGAUCCACAUAGUAAAAGUUCCAUUGAAUUACGAGUGUCUACAUUUAAGAACUCGUGGACGCUAGAUUCACACAAGAAAUGCACGGCCACAUCCCGCGACUUAGCUAAAGCUGGCCUUUACUACAGUCCCUUGGAUAAAGAUAAUGACCGUGUCAUUUGCAUGUAUUGUGAUUGCCCGCUAGAUCAUUGGGAUCCUGAGGAUGAUCCACUAAGUGAGCACAGGGCUAACUCAUACUCAUACUGCUAUUUCCUUCUGACACUACCGAAGCGUCUGGAUAUAUCGGAAAAGAUGAAUAAACUGUUGAAUUUGCCUACGGAAACAAGUAUGGCAUUACCUGAUGAUUCUUUGAGUGAUGUUGAUGAUUCAGGAUUGUCAGUUGAAAAUGAAACAGUCCAAAAAUCAUCAGCAAAUGUGGCACGAAACAAAACUCAUGAGCGAGAAGAGUCCGUUGGGUCUUCUCGUAAUUCGCCCUUGAAUGAAAGUACAGCUCAUUGGCCAACCCUGUCUCCUUCUCCCGAGCUCGAAUCACAUAAAGAGUCUGAGUUCGAUGCGUACGACUUUUCCAUAGAGGAUAUUGAGGACACAAAUCACGGAUCAAUUUUUGAAAACGGGUCAACAAAGAUCUUCAGUCGCAAAAUCAAAACGAGAAAGCUGGUACCUCCACCCCCAGCAACUCUUCAAAGGAGGAAAAUGGCGAUGGCGACAGGAAAAGAUCCAUUGUUGCUUCAAGUCAAUGACUCACGAGAGUCUGAGGGCUCCGCAAAGCUGAGUGCUCGUCAUAAGGAUCAGCGUCUGCCGGCUCCCGAAAGUCCUGUGGCUCCUCCUAGUAAUCCAGAGAGUAAAAGGGAGGAAGUGGAGGACCGCCUUCGUGAUACCAAUGACAGUUUCGAUGAUAUACAAAAUGGUUCGAGCUUUAAUUCCUCGGAUGUUGAAGAGAGUGAUCCAUCCUAUGUGAGUGGUGUCUCGAAUGGCGAAUUAUCAACUAGUGACGAUGUUAGUGAGAAAGAAAAGAAGCGAAAAUUGAAAAGCCAUGAUGAGAAUGAAGGGAAAAAGCAGAAGCAAAACACCUCGGAAACCAGUAUGGAUUCUGAUCGCUUUCGUCAAAUAAUCACGUCCCCUGGCAAGAGAAAAAAGGUCAAAUUACACCCUGGGGAGGCGGUAACGUCGAAGAAGGAUGAUAUUCUUGAUAUAUCAGGUCAUAAUAUUGGGGACUUUAAUGAAUCGGAUAUUUCGUACUUUGGAAAGAUCCAUACUCCAAGUAAGGCUGACCCAGGCAUACCCAAUGAUAAGGAUUCCACUAAAACGAAACCAUUGCUAUCCUUUGAAAGCUCUACCAAAGUGAAGAAGUCAGCCUUUGACGAUGAUGAUUUUGAUUUCUUCAUCACGCGUCCAAAAAAGUCACACAUUGAGACAGCAGGCUCAAAGCAAAAGAUCGAUGAAAAUUCCGCCCAGUCGCUGAAUGUCAAUGCCAAUAAAUUGACGGAUGCUUCUGCGUCGAUGGAUAUUGUUGAACUGAAGGUUUUCAAGAAAACUGAAACUGAUCUUGAUGUUUCAGCUGCAGAAAAUGCAGAGCAUGGAGUCAAGAGCAUGAAAUCAUUGCAGAAGAAUAAGGAUACUCAAAUCAAAGACAAUCAAAGUUUGGAGAAGGACUCGAUCAUAUUGCGUGGGAAAGAAGACGUGGAACACUUUUCAGCGGACGACAGAUCUAGUACGGGAAAAGUUGAAGAAGAGAUUGCAGUAACUAAUACCUCCCCACAGAUUGCCGUUCAUACCGAUAAGAAGGAGUCGAGUUCAGGAGUUCAAGAAGCUUCUAACAAAACCUCAAGCAAUAAUGAGGCACUUGCUCUGUCAAAGUCCAACUUGGUUGAUGCGGCACUGUCGCUGACAACAAAGGGAUCGGAUAAUGAAAUUGCCGAGGGUACUCAAAAGCAUGAUAUCGCUGCUGAGGCUACUACUGGUGAGUCCACCUCGGAAUUUAUCGACACGAAAGCAGAAUUCGAAGAGGUAGGGGAUUCAACGAAUGGCACAAAGAAGGAAGAUGCAAAGGUCAGCGAAGAUGAAGUGGAUCAUAACGAAUCUGGAAAUGAGCGUGAUAUAAGUCUUUCACCUUCAUCUUAUGGUGAGUAUGUAAAAGAUUUAAGAAGUUUGGCGGAUGAAUUUGUCGACGCAUCUGCGAUCCAGGAGCCCCCUAGAGCUAACCUAUUGAUCGAGCAAAGUUCUAACAAAAAUAUCCUUGAAAGCCUAAAUGAGCUGCUUGGUCCUUCAAAGGAAGAAGAAGGUGAAGAAGUACUCCUAUUUGAUGAUCCUAACGAGAAGUAUCAGCAAAGUCCUCAACGUCAUGAAAUAACAACUGACACAACUCUUGAGAGUGACAAGGUCAUGACUAAAGAUGGUGUCACAGAUCAUGAGCAGAAGAGCAAAGUGCUUGCUUUGACAACUACCAAGGUUCCUACAGUACACCUGGACGAAACCCAUGUUGACGAUGAUCAAAAAGAUAAUGAAAGUGUCAAGAGGGAGACGCCAACAGACCACAGAGAAUUGACAGACACUGUUGACCAAGACAGCUAUGUUCUCCUGGAAGAGCAAAAUGAGAGAAGAUCCUCGGUGGCUGUCGAAAAUGCGGUGGUCAAGCUCUCGCCAGUGAGUCUUCCUCAAAGUAAUGGCCAUAGCUCUGGGAUUCGAUCGAGUCCAGGGCGCUUUGACUCCCCUGGCAAUAGAACCUUUGUUGAAGAUUCUGCGUCGGAUGCUUGUCGUGCUAAUGAUAAGGAUAUCUUACAAGAAGAAGGUGAGGGCUCAGAGCACAAUGAACGCGAAGACUCUAGACCCACUUCUGAAGCCGAACGAACACUCGGUGAGCUGAAAUUUGAACAGCGACCUUUAAGCGUUGAGCAUGGUAUUUCGGCAUCUUUCAUCGGGGCCAGCACUCCACAGAAGGAGACGAAGGUACUGGAGCUGGAGGCGAUCUACAAAUUUCAUCCGCGAAUUGAUAUAAGAAAUUUAGGCAACAUCAAGGAAGAGCUCAAGACUUUACAAGAUACAAUGGAAUACCUUGCGGAAGUCUCGGCAAGCAACUACGAGCUUCAUAAUGAUACUGAGGGCAUGUUGACCGAUUUCAUCGCGGCCAUGCCAGAGGAAGAGGAAUCGAUGACGAUCAAGGAGUGGAUGCAGCAUAAUGCUACCACCUGUGCCAGAACAGUCCGAGCCAUUGCCAGCAAAAUGAUAGAAGCCUACGAGACAGAGUUUGACAGGUUGAUAGAGUUCGUUGAGGAGUUACCAACAAAGGACUAA